CGCCCCCUUUCCCUUCUGUCCCCAUUGUUGUAUUCCGUUCUUGCCCCAUUGUUGCAUUCCCUCCGUCCUCCUCCUCCUCUGUAGAUGCGAGGACUGUCUUGAUCACUUCAGGCAUACCACUGUUCCUGCUGACCGUUUGACACGUUCACCACCUCCAAGAGGCACUCUGUGACACGAGCAUGUUGCCGUUGCAGAGUCUCCGUCGCCCCGAAGGCCGUUGGAGCUCUCCCUGGUGGCGGAAGACCGCACUUCUCCCUCGCCCGCUGGCGCUCAGGAAUUCCAGCGGGGCAUGGAGAGGUCGCUGAAGAAGCUGGAGCCCUUCUGCGCCCUCGACGGGCGCGCAGGCCGCCGAGGCUGCACCGUGGCCAGCAUCGACCAUUGCGCCUUCAUGGACGACGCCGUGUGGUCGGACAUGCACCGCACGGUGAAAGACACCAUGUCGGAGCAUGGCUCUGAGCGAAUCCGCUUCCUCGACGUCUGGACGCUCACGUCCCAGCUGGGCCUGGAUUGCAUCGGUGAGCACCAGUCUCCAGUGAGCACCCUCUGGACG